GUUAAAUAUUGCAAGCUGUUACUUACGUACGCCGAACAUCACAUACAUCACAUACAUCACGUAUAAUCUAUACACUCGCUUGCCUUCAAUCAUAACCAAAUCGAUAAUAUCACUCUCUAAAUAUUUAACAUAAAUCAUUUUCAAAAUAGUGAUGACGGUGCGGCACAUGAGAAAAUAUCUCGAUGGUUAGAGGAGCUAAACGACUCCUAUUGCCAUGAGUCGGAAACCGGCAAAGUCGCGUGCCACAAGCGGCAAGGCGCCCACCAGUUUCGGUCCCAGUUCCUUUGGCGCUUUCUCGACUUCCUCCAGAGACACCGAUCUCUCCUAUCUAGCCGAACCACCCGAUCUAUCUUCCGUAUCCGACGCCAACGUUGUCGUAUCGCUCAAGAACCUACAGAAAAAGGAUGCGACAACCAAGGCAAAGGCCUUAGAAGAAUUGGUCACAUAUGUGCAGGCCCACCCAUAUGAGCAAGAUGGCGGCAUAGAGGAGCCUAUAAUAGAAGCUUGGGUUCAAUUAUACCCUCGCAUCUCGAUAGACAAUUCACGCCGUGUCCGCGAGCUAUCCCACAUACUUCAAUUCGAAUUCACGAAGUCCGGUCGCAAGCGCACAGAAAAACGUAUACCCAAGAUUGUUGGUUCUUGGCUUGCUGGUACCUUCGACAAAGACAAAGCUGUAUCUCGCGCUGCUACUGAAGGGCUUUCCUCCUUUCUUACAACGCCGGAGAAGAUAAUACAAUUCUGGAAACGAUGUCAGGCACAAAUUCUGAGUUAUGCAUCCGACGCCAUGAAAGAGACACCGGAUACACUGAGCGAUGAGCGAUCUACUAAUGCUGAUGACGCCGAAGCCAAGUAUUAUCGGGUGCUCGGAAGCAGCAUCGCGUUGGUCCUAAAUCUCCUACAGAAACUCGACCUUUCAGACAUUGAGAAAUAUCAGGAUAGUUAUGAUCAAUUUUUUGAGCAGGAUAAGAUAUGGGCUAGUGUGACUGUCAAUGAUGCUACUGUGCGACGAUUGGCCUGUCAACUCUUAUCCGUAUGCCUCGAGAAACGAGCGGGAAGGAUUGAGGCGGAUCUUGCUCGGCUUAGCAAAACCUUUGUUGCCGAAGGAUUAAAGUGUAGCCAAGUAGGCUCUGCAGCGGAAUACAUAAGUGUGUUGACUGAACUGACCGCAAAACAUCCAACAAUAUGGACAUCUGACUACCGCGGAAAAAAGUCGUCGGCAUCUAGAUUGAAAAGCUUCUUAGAGAAAGGUUCCCAAAGUAGCACACCGAAGUUCUGGGAAUCGCUCAAUCUCUUGAUCGAAGUCAUUCCAGCUGAUGUACUUCCAAAGGAGCUCGACGAGUCAUUAGGCUUCUUAAAGUCUGUGGCUAUAGGCCUAGCCAGAAGAGAUGAGCCCCGCACUAAUGCCGUCGAUGGUUGGUCGACCUAUUUUGGCAUUGCCAGGCGCUUUAUCUCAGUCGCCAAAUCCUCUGAGGAUCGAGUCAAGAUAGCACAGGAAAACAUUUUCCCCCUCAUUGCACAUUAUAUCCAUUCAAGCCCUGAAACGUUAUCGUGGUCAUCAGGAAGCCAACAGCUAAUAUUAAUCAAAGCAUAUACGUCAACAGCGAUCUCUCCAUUUAAUGAUGUUAGGGAGGCCACAGAGUCGGCAUGGAGCCAAUGGAAAGAGGAGUUCAGAUCGCGAGCUCGCAGUUCAUUACCAGAGACAUCUAAGGAGCAUGAAAUAUCUCAAAAAUCAAUCCUCGACGAGGGCCAUAGGUGGUUUUCCUUGACAGGUUGGAUUUCAGACGUUCAUGAGAGAACCAUCAAUACCGAACGCCCAAUUCCAGAUAUACCGGCCAAAUACUCCCUAGAACUACUUCAAGACUUUUUAGAGUUGCUAGAGACAAGGAAUUGGAAGCCAUUUGGGAUAGCAGCAACUGUGAAAUCAGCCUUUCAACUGUCCCCUCGGCUCUUUAAGCAGUCCUCAGACGCUACAGACGAAAUACUCGGCCAUUUAAUGAAUUUACUUUCAAGAAACGGAACGGAUUUCCUCCAAACUUCAUCCGCGCCUUAUAUCCUUUCUAGUAUUAAUUUAAUUGGCCGAAUCCCUGAACAAGAGCAGAAGCAUAACAAGAUUUGGAAUGCGAGCAUUGCAAUCCUCCUCGAGCAGAUUGAAAACCCCGGAGUCUUAUCAGCACUCACGACAUUAAUCUCGACUGAACAUGCCAGCGCACUCGCUAAACAGGUGCAGGAGCUCCAAGCUGAAUUGAUAAAACGGUGCUUGAUGCAGGCUGUGAACACAAAAGAGCAAAGCUGGGACCUUUUCAAUACUAUAUUCACGUUUAAUACCUUGACGGAUAAUGCUGCAAAAAGGCUCAUUAAAGAACUCGGAAGCCGUAUCAUGAAUAGUCUAGGCCAACCUAAUCCCGGCGUGAUCAAGGGCCUACGCAUCAUAGCAGGAAAAGCGCCAGACCUCCUUUUACAGGACGAGGUGACCCAUAUGAGCUUGAUGGCUAGCUUGCUUAGCGUGUCUGAACGAUUCGUCGCUAACUCUGAUCUAGCCAUACUAAAAGGAUUGAUGGGUAACCCUUCAGCUAGUGGUUCUAGAUUACCUGAAUUGGUGCAAAGAAGCCUUUCUACUGCUGAUUCAACUUCGCUCUCGAUUGAAACUCUUGUUGGGCAAAUCACGCAAGCCGCCAUCGCUGGCUCGAGCGGAAAUGAACAGCUAGAACGGCUGAUACCGGAUACCAAAAUAUGGAGGGAGGAGUUAGCUCUCUUCCUACGAGAAAAACCGAAACCGUCCUUCGCUAUCACGAGUGCUCUUGGUGGUGCUUACUUUCUCCCUACAUUGCCAUCGGCAACGGACGAUACACCCAUACGUCGAGAUAGAUACGGCUUUUCAAUCCCGGAACGUAUGGGAUUAUACCUAACCCAUCUACUUUCUUCGGGAUUCCAGACCAACGCUUUACCACACCAAACACAAGUGGAGAUAGUGAUAUGCCUGUGUCUGACUACAGGAUUAGUAUCAGACCAGUUGACUGACGAGACCGAAGAUAAAAUCCUGGACUCGAGGUUUUCUGUUGAGACUACUUUGGAUAGGAGAACUUUACUCGCACCUACACGAAGGGUCAUCAUCGAUAUAGCUGAUAAAGCUGAAGGGUGGAGGGAUGGGACUGGCGCGAAAGCGUCGAGGGUGAUGCACGACGUUAUACGAAUAUUACUCGACGAGUCCAGAUCACUGACGCCUAUGGGGCUAUACGCUGCGAAGGCUCUAAGCGAGAUUCUUCAGGCGCUUGCGGACAAACACGGCUUCCCCUCCCGUGGGGAGCAAUGGCUUGCGGAUUUGGAUAUCCUCAAAAAUAGUCCUUCGACCGUCCUUCCCGCGAUAGCUGUCCUGAGCGGCCUUGGAGAAACGAUAUCUUCUUCGAGGGUAGUAAGUAAUUUUUGCAAUCGCUUAGUCAGUGAUGCUGCGGGGGCCAAUCUCGGCCAGGAGAAAGCUCUCAUCGUUCUCGUACUUCUCAAUGUCUGCAUGCGAAUAUAUGACCUCGGAGAACUUCCUGUCGCGAAUAACCGAUUGGUUUUUGGAGUCAAGCAAAUCACCUCGUGGUUUGAUACUCCCGAAGAGGUCGACUCUCAUUUUGCAGCAGAAGCCUGUCGUUCUCUCCAACACCUCCUCCCUUGCGUUAAGGACGUAUAUGGUCCCUAUUGGGAAAAAUCGUUAGAUUUUUGCAUAUACCUUUGGACGAAAUCUAAAGCCGAUCCCCUUGAGCCCCGCAUAGCAGAAAUAUACCACUCCCUCCGUCUUUAUACCACAUUGCGGUCAAUGGAGGACCCUAACGACGACCUCGUCGAUACCCUACAGUCAUCUGUGGAGAAAACCUCGGAAGCAUUAAUUGGAUUGCUCAAAAUUCCCAGGACAAGAAUAUCGCAGCCGGUGAGUACUGUGGAUUCAAUAAUCUGUCGAGAGGUAGAGAUAAUUCCUUUACACCACAUUAAGGAUUACUCAGAACUAUAUGGAUUAUUGGCGAGCGAAUCUCAGUACGUCCAAACAGCGGCAUUCAAUGUUCUUCAUAAGGCAUUACCCGCUGCACAAGAGAGUUUAUCCGUAGACAUCCUCCUAGAGAAGAAAGAUGCUCAGCUUCCCGGCGAGCUCCUGUCUCUCCUUCUGGACGCGCCAACAUUCGAGGCUUGCUCAGACGAGCUUGCUAUACCUCAUUUCCCUAGGUCGAUUCGUUCAUACCUGCUCUCAUGGCAUCUGGUCUUUGAUUCCUUCGGAACCGCGUCAUUUAAAGUACGAAGUGAUUAUACGGAAAAUCUCAAGACAGCGAACUACAUCGGCCCUCUACUAGAGUUCACAUUUGAUGUUCUAGGUCACUCGGCGGCUCGUCCCCUAAAUAUAGAAAAGGCCAAUUUUACGGAAGAUCAGAUUAAAAAGUAUGAUCUCAUUCUUGCGGAGGCCGAAACUGAUGAGAGGAACAUGCAGUGGCUUCUUAUUCAUCUGUUCUACCUUGUGCUGAAGUACGUACCCACUCUAUUCAAGGGGUGGUAUCUCGAAUGCCGUUCGAAGCAGACGAGAAUUGCCGUCGCAGAUUGGAUGACUAAGUACUUCUCUCCAAUUAUCAUAAAAGAGGCCUUGGAAGACGUUUCACACUGGAAGGACAACCAGGAAGCGCCCGCGGAAGACGAAAAAGAAUUAAUUGUUAAAAUCAGCCGUUCCGCCAAGGAGAUAACUGCCGGAUACGAAGUGGAUGAACUGCAAGCCUCGAUCGUAAUAAGGAUCCCACAAGAAUAUCCACUUGAAACAGUCACAGUAGCGGGAAUAAAUCGUGUGGCGGUUAACGAGAGGAAAUGGCAGAGCUGGAUCAUAACAACACAGGGUAUCAUUACCUUUUCAGGCGGGAACAUUAUCGAUGGUCUCACCGCGUUCCGCCGUAACAUAGUUGGUGCGAUGAAGGGGCAGACCGAAUGUGCUAUUUGCUACAGUAUCAUCAGUACCGAUAAGAAGACGCCAGACAAGCGCUGCCAGACGUGCAAGAAUCUCUUCCACCGCACUUGUCUGUACAAGUGGUUCCAAAGUAGUAAUCAAAAUACCUGCCCGUUGUGUCGAAAUCCGAUUGAAUAUCUUGGUUCCGAUAGGAGAGGAGCUAGGACUGGAUUAUGAGGCAAAUUACCCAACGUACGUCAAUCGUCAAGGCAUGCGACAGACAGACAACGGGGUUUUCAAACUUGGGGAAAUGAAUCGGCAACGGCCUACCCAGAUAAUGGAUGACUUAUAAAACCACAAAUAUGUGCGCAUGGUUUGUAAGGAAGAGUACUUCCUCCUCGUAAAUUUAACUGGCUGGGAGUUCGAAGGACGUCCGACAGCGUAGUUUAAUUAACGAGAACGCCGGCUGUCGGUGUCCCUUCGGACUCUCAGCUGGUUAAAUUUGCGAGGAGGAAGUACUCUUCCUCGCAGACUGUGCGCGCAUCUUUGCGGCGAUAGGCCAUAAAUAAUAAAUAGUGAAAUACAAAAUCAUAUAGAAAAAAAAAUCUCAACCCCAGGGCUCGAACCCGGAUCUGCGGUCCCUUCUGGGCCUAGGUAGAGGCCGUAUCAUCCCCGUUUUGGCUUACCUAGGUGUCAACCGCCGUGCUAACCAUUACACCAGGCUGGGCUAAUCGUGCGUGAUUGAUCUGCCUUAGGGAUUUUUGAAGAAAAGUGGUAUAUAAAGUUCAAACUCUUCCGCACGCACACGUCAAAGCGACGAAAGCUUGAAGGUCGUAGGUUUUUUCAUCCGAAUCAUGCCGG